AAAACAACAGUGGUUUAAUCAUCUCAAAGAAGGAAGCACGGGGCGAAGUGAACUGCUGCUCUUGCACUCGAAGCCAGCGCUUGCCAUUGGCGAUUUUCAAACUUUUUGCUUUUAAGAAUUCAUUCCCAAAGUCGGGAUGGAACGGCGUCUUGUAUCGUAUGCAAAUACGUCUGCUGACGUAGUUGAUCAUGUGGGUUUUGGCGUAGAUCCCCCUGUGAUCGCCAAUUUUUUUCGGCUGUUGUCUUUAGGAUUCGGCAGAAUCAUUACAAUCGUACGCUUCUAUUGGCCGUACACGUGGAAAAGUACGCAAUUUUGGACCCGAGCUGUCAUUAACCUCACAUCCCAGCGUUUCCCGUUGGUAAUAGGUGAGAAGAAGCUGGGUAAAAAAAAGGUGGCAGAGGAGGAAAACUUGCCACAUAGGACCUUACAGAUAUUGUGCUCUAAAAGGCAAGACCAUCAUUGACAGGCUGUGUGGUCUGGGAUGAAGUCUCAUGAAGUCUUCCAUUGGAGCUGACAUUCACAGUCAGCUGAAACAUCCUUUACUGAUCCUCCACCAGAGAAAGACCUGCCCAUUGCCCAUCACCAGAGUCCCCCUGCACUGUACCGUCUUACUCCCUGACCAUGGCUAGUCGAAGAAAGUCUACAACCCCCUGCAUGAUCCGACCAGAUGACUUGGUGACUGCAGACGAUCCAGAAGAAAUGGAUUCUUGUGUGGACGGUACAGAAGAGAAUGGAUCAUCACAUGUGUCUUCUAGUGAGGACUGUACAGAGAGGAAGAGUUCUGUGAACUCUAUGCAGGAAGCAACAGAGAUGGAGAAACCUGACAUGAAAACACGACCACAGAGGAAACUCCAGGGAGGCUAUGAGUGCAAAUACUGUCCCUUUUCCACACAAAACCUCAACGAGUUCAAAGACCAUGUUGAUUCCAACCACCCCAAUGUUAUACUUAACCCACUUUACUUGUGUGCAGUAUGCAACUUUAACACAAAAAAGUUUGAUUCUUUGACAGAACACAAUGAGAAGUGCCAUCCCGGAGAGUGCAACUUCAAGUUCAAGAGAAUCAAAUUAAACAGUCAGACCAUUCUAGAACAGACAAUCGAAGGUUCAAACUGUGCAGUCAUCUAUGAUACAACCAGCCCUCAGCCAGGAGAGGACUUUACUGCUUUUCCUUCAAACAAAUCCACUACUGUUAAGCUGGCUAAGUCCAAAGCAGACAGUUUACGGUUACAAGACGAUAGUCCGCUGGACAAACUCGCUCAAGAUCUCCCGAAAAAGCAAAUUACUGCAGUGAAUGUGAACGGGACUGUGAUAAUCCCAGAUGCAACUCUUAAAGAUGGCCUCUCUCAUAUAAUGCCAUCUCUGCAACGCCCACCUAACUACAACUUAGUACCAAAAAUCGCCGUCCCCUUGAACACUUCAAAAUACAACCCCUCGUUAGAUGGCAACUUGACUCUCAUCACCUCCUUCAACAAGUUUCCGUACCCUACUCAAGCAGAGCUCUCUUGGCUUACUGCAGCCUCCAAACACCCCGAAGAACAAAUUAAAGUGUGGUUCACUACCCAACGACUAAAACAAGGAAUCAGCUGGUCUCCUGAGGAAGUUGAGGAAGCACGAAAGAAAAUGUUCAAUGGAACGAUUCAGUCUGUUCAACAAGCAUUCACUGUCUUUCCUGCUCAGUUAGCUCAGUCCACUAAAGCUUCACAGCCCCUUAUCCAGACCGUCUCUUGCCAUGUCCUUGGACAAUCUGGCCUAGUGUUGGCACCAGUUGCCAAUGGCUCAAAUUCGACCAGUUCUCCUCUCACACUAACAGUCACAAAUCAAAUAGCACAGGGUGUCAAGAGGCCCCAUACAGCACCACUGGUUGCCCCAGAGAUAAAGAGGCCUUCAAUAAUCCAGUCCGUUCAGAGUACUCCAAAGUCUGUCUCUCCAACACCAAGUCUUUUUUCAGAUUGUGAGAAAACCCCUGAUCAGAUCAGAGAGCUGACCACUAGCUAUGCUCAGUGCCAGUUUCCUGAUGAUGAAGAAGUGUAUCGUCUCAUUGAGACGACUGGCCUCUCCUGGGGAGAGAUCAAAAAAUGGUUCAGCGAUCAGCGCCAUGGAAACCAUAAGGCAGUGCAACAGAUUAAAACAGACUUCUCUUCAAAGGACAGCCAACCACAUAAGCCUGUCGCCACACAGUUUCCACUACUAGAGAGAGUUAAAGGCAAAUCCUCUGAGCAAAUGAAAAAGUUAGAGGAAAGUUUCCAAAGGACUAGCUUUCCAACCCAGGCUGAGAUAGAGCACCUUGUAGCAGACACCAGGCUCUCCAAAAAUGAAAUCGAUUGCUGGUUUGCGGAGCGCCGUGCACUACGUGACAACCUGGAGCAAGCCUUGCUCAACUCGAUGGGUUCGAAAAGGUUUGAGCAUCACCUUCAAAGGGGUACAUUGAAUGGAGUCCAUGAGCAGGACAGCAGAGUCAGGGACUCACCUCUUUCCAUUCUCACGUCCUCGGUGUGUCCAGAGGCCAUUGAUGGCAAGUCUCUCUGCCUCCUUAAAGACGUGUUUGCACAAACCCAGUGGCCCUCACCAGAGGAGUACAACCAACUAGAAAUCCAAACAGGGCUAGCUCGUACAGAAAUUGUCCGCUGGUUUAAGGACAACAGAUCUGCUCUGAAGAAUGGAACUUUGGAUUGGAUGGAGCAAUUUCAAAGUCUUAGCAACAAAAGACAGAAUGGACAAAACAGCUUGUUGAUCACAGAUCAGACACAGAGCGUCCUACAAAGACACUUUCAAGAGGCAAAGGUACAAAAAGGGGAGGGUUUUGAGAAGCUUGCAGAGCAGCCAAAACUAACCAACCAGGACAUAGUAGAAUGGUUCACCAGUAAACUGGGCCACAACAUGCCUGAAAUCAGCAAAAGCAAGGAACAUGGACAGGGAAGUGUAGAUGGUAAGAGGUGGGUUUCCUUGGCAGCUGACAUUGACAGCAAAGACUAUGAUGCACAGAAAGUGGCACGAGACCUUGAAGUGCUGUCAGCAGAACACCGAGUGACGGGAUGAAGUUGUAAAGAAGAAAACAGGCUGCUUUGACUGAACUACAUGGGCCUGAUGAUUAAGGAAUAACCUUUGUCGUCGUGUAUGGAUCCAAUGAUCUCAUAUCUGGACUCUGAGGUUAUCAGAGACGAGAUGGACUGGGAGCAUCUGUGAAACACUGUCCAGAGAGUGACCAUGGAGUGCCAAAGUUUGACUGCUUUGUUGUUAUGUGUUUGUUUUUUAAAAGGGCCCUUGUAAAUAUUUUUUUCUGUACUUCAACAGAUUUGUACAAAUUUUUGAAGAUGAGACUUUUGUUACAUUUAUAAUAGGAGUCCCAAGACAUUUCCUUUGACCCUUAUAAUGGGAUGUUCAAUCAUUUUUGUGAGGACACAAAAUCAACCCACCUGCUGGUGAAGCUGUUAUAAAACACAAUGUGGUCCACGAUGGCACUUAACAUUUUAAGUGGACAGACACAAGCGGUGCUUCGAUAAAAACCAUCUCAUUCCAGAAAACGAGGUGAUAUUAUGGACUUUUCUUUGGACCAUAAACACAUUGCCUGCACUCUCAUACUGUACCUUAUCGCCAAGGGGGUAGAGCCACAUGGUGGACAAAAUCAAUACAAUACAGUGAUGCACAGCACAUGUUUAUUUGUAGUCAUAGGCUAAUUUUUGGCAAUAUUACAGUAACUGCAAAAUUAUACUUAUCUUGGCUUUUCCUGGUAUUCAAGGCAUAGUUCCAUUUUCCACUAUUCAGCUGUGAACUGCUUUCAGCUCGUUUAAGUGUAUUUCUUUUUCCUGCUGCUGCUUUUAGUGUCAUGUUCAGACAUGUAUCAGGAAUACUGUACUGCUACCAAGAAUCCUGCUUGCUCUUUAUAAGAACCAGUCUGCUGUAAUUCAAUAAAACACAAACGAUUGAAA